CGAAAUGCGACUUUCUCAGCGUGCUUACCUUCCUUUGAGUUUCUUCCAAGUAACGGCUACCUUCGACGAAGAAUAUUUUCUUGUCACACAAUAGUCUUGAGAUACACUCGUCGCAAAUUUUAAAGAAGCUCAUUAUUACGCGCUCGAAACUUAUUCCGCUCUUUUUUGAAGAGUAUUGAUAAGCUCUAUCGAGAUAAAGUUAAGUUCGGCCAGUUUGACUGAAGCGAACCGAAGUUUGUCUUUAAUUUGAUAUUCUUGAUCGAAGAGCUAAUUUUUCUAGGAUUCGGGAUAUAUUUUGACUAAGUUCGAUGCUUAUAACGAACCUGCGAUAUAUAUAUAUAUAUAUAUUUGGGAAUAUAUAAAUUUAUGAAAUAAUAUAUUUGAAACAAGUAGUAACGGUUGACUUGAAUGCAGUAUGUAUUUUUCUGUCUUCGUUUUUGUCUUCGGAGACACCGAGGAUACUUCAGGUUUUCAUUAACGCGUCGAAUGUCGCGGGAGAGUGAGGGAGAGAGGACGGGAGGGUGGAGGAGCAAAGGCACUCGAUCGAUCCGCGUAUACGUAAGAUGCACGCAACGGUAUUCGAGGAAUUAUUCGCGAAUUAUCGGUGGUGAUUAAGAGAGGCGAAUGCACACAGAGAAAAAGGUGUUAACUUACAUUAGCGGGAAUAUACAUUAGAUGCGUUACAUACGUCAAUUUACAUUAGUGCAAUUAACACGACGUGUUUGCGUGUUUGCGUAAUUGCGUGUUUUUCUUUUUUAUUUGAGAUAAGAGAAACGAAAUAUGUUCACCGAUAAAAAUGAAUUCGGUGCGCGUGCGAAGGACGAAGGGCUGAAUCUCGGUGAGCCUCCGAUAAGAUCUCGGCGACUCCAUUUCGCAGCAGAUUCCUUAUUCCACCGACGUCCAAAUAUGUUCCUCGUUUCCCUCGGAUUUUUUUUUCUUCUUCAACUCGCUCUUUCCUCGUUCACGCAGACGUAUUCGAAUUCCACGCACGGGAAACCGAGGUGCAACGUGCCGGAGCGCCUGCGUGCGUUCGGCUGCCCGGCCGCGGAGGUACGUACGGCGCCGCCGGGAUCGCUGGAGUUGCUGGUGAACGAGGACUUCCAGGACGUCUUCAACGACCGCGCGCCAGUGCAGCUAAGACCGCAGAAGCUGCGGCUCAGGAUCAGGCCGCACACCAGUCAAGAGCUGACGCUCCUCUACAGGCCGGCUAUGAAUUACCCCUUGGACCUCUACUACCUCAUGGACCUCACAUGGUCGAUGAAGGACGACAAGGAAACCCUGGUAGGACUGGGCUGGAGAAUGGCCAACACGCUCGGCACCUUCACCACGAACUUUCGCCUCGGUUUCGGCAGUUACGCCGACAAGCCCUUGAUGCCGUACAUCUUCCCCGGCCACGAGGAUAAUCCCUGCAAGAGCGAGCACGCCUCCUGCACCCCGUUGUACUCGUUCUGGCAUCAUCUGGAACUCACCGACAACAUACCGCGAUUCAUUCACGAAGUGAAUUACAGUUCAGUGACCGGCAACGUGGAUAAUCUCGAGGGUGGCCUCGACGGAGUUGUGCAAGCGAUCGUUUGCACCCGGCAGGUCGGAUGGGCUCAUCAGGCGCGAAAAUUGAUGCUGGUGGCGACCGACGGGCUCCUGCACUUCGCCGGAGAGGGAAAGCUGGGAGGUGUGGUGCAUCGUCCGGAUUUCCAGUGUCACGUGGAUGAACGCGGGCAGUACUCACUGGCGAAGGAGUACGAUUACCCGUCGUUGGCGGAGGUGUCGCGGUUGCUGCAAGAGCGCAAAGUCAACCUGAUAUUCGCCGUGACGGAGGACCGUCGUCACGAGUACGAAUUGAUCGCCGACCUGCUCAAGGAGCAAGCCCGAGUGGCCACUCUGACGAGGAACAGUUCCAACAUCCUCGAGAUCAUCGAGAGCUCCUAUCACGAUAUCGUGAGCAAAGUGGUGUUGCGCGACAAUUCGACCGGCCCGUUGCGCCUCGAGUAUUUGUCCGCGUGCGGCGGACAGGCGGACUCGGUGUCGAGCACGUCCGAGUGCGACGGUAUACAGGAGGGUCGAGUGUACGAGUUCAAAGUCGUGGUAUCGGCGGACGAGUGCCCGAGGAACGAGAGCCUCUGGAGACAAACGGUGGUGAUCGACGACGCGCUGGCGUCCGAGGCGUCCGAGGUGGAGAUCGAAGUCGAGCUCUUGUGCGGCUGCGACUGCAAGAAUAUAGAAAGUUCGCGCUGCGAGCACGGGGUCAACGAGUGCGGCAUAUGCAAAUGCGACUUCGGCUGGUCCGGUGACACUUGUGACUGCGACGUGAGCUCCCCGGUGGGAAGCCGGCUGCAGUGCAUCGCCGCCGGCAGCGCGGAGGUCUGCUCGAACAGAGGCGAGUGCGUUUGCGGCGUUUGCCAGUGCGACAGGGGCUACAACGGUCGGUUCUGCGAGUGCUCUCCCUGCGACAAGACCGACGGGAUCGAGUGCGGCGGCAGGGGCACGUGCGAGUGCGGCGUUUGCAACUGCCUGGAGGGAUGGGAGGGCGGCGGCUGUCAAUGUCCGUCCGGCACGGAGCUCUGCGUCGCCCCCGGCAGUGAGGAAGUAUGCGCCGGUCACGGAUACUGCGACUGCGGACAGUGCCGAUGCAACGAGACAGCCGCGGACGGUCUGUACUAUCGCGGCACCUACUGCGAGUCGUCCGCGAGCGCAGGUGGCAGCGGUCUCUGUAUCCUGUAUAAUUCUUGCGUGAACGUCACGGUCGAAUAUCCGGAGAAAGCGGAAGAACUAUGUCAGACCGACACGACUUUUUACAAAACCGCGCGAGUGGAUACGGUGGAUGUGGGUAACGAGCAUUAUUGUUUCGUGAGAACGGUGCAGGACAAGACGAUAUGUACGAUACCCUACGUGUACGAAUUUCAAGAGGACAAGACGGUCAUGCUGAGGAUCGCCGGCAAGAUCUGCCGCACCCCUAUGCACGCCGCCUUCGUCCCGGCGUUCAUCUUCGGCGCUGUGCUCUUGUUCGGAAUUAUCGGCCUGUUAAUAUGGAAAUGCUGGACCACGAUAAAGGAUCGCAGGGAAUACGCGAAAUUCGAGCAGGAGCGUAAGAAGACCGUUUACGCUUUGGACGAGAAUCCGCUUUAUCGACCGGCUAUCAGUCAAUUUCGAGUACCUUCCAUGUACAAGGACGAGUGAGAAUCGCUCAAUACUCCAAUUAGCAACCAUCAUCAGUUGUGAGAGAAUCAUGGAUCGUGUAUGUUGUUGUUGUGAUUCUAAGGUAUUCCAGACGCAUUUAAGACUUGUAAAUACUUGCCAAAUGAAGUACCGCGACGAUUGAUCACUCAGUGCGACGCGCGUACGCUUCGCACUCGCUCAAUGUUGAAGUAAUGUCUUACCAUUGUCUUAACAUUGUUGUCUAACGUUGAACGGAAGAUCAUGCACGCUUCCUCUCGAGAACGCUUCGCGUCUCCCUCCAGAAACGAUUUCCCGUUGCGAGCGAGAUUUGCCGCACAAAUGACAGGAAUAAAUAAUUUUAAUAAAAUAACGGAUGUACGUAACGUAAAAAUGUGUGUGUUUCUAAAACGGUACUUUUAGAAAUCGGCUUGACUGUCCACUCGUGCCCGAGCGGUUCCUCCUAGAUGACGGGUCUGAAACAGGUUUGUUUCGCUACCAGAUCGCUGUCAACGAGGACCCGUUCGAGAAGAUACACGUCCCCGUGUCAUCCAACAGUUUUGACAACGUGACCCUCGUAUCGCGCGUUAUUGUUGCACUUUCUCAUACACGCGUGAAGAAAAACGUCCCAGAAAGAAAUACCGCAGAUAUCGUAUCAUUAUCUCUGCUACACGUUAUCGGUAUUACGACAUAAGAAUAUAAUUCGACGUGUUAAUCGUCGAAUGUGAAAGUCCGCGUCGGCGAACCGAUCGCCGUUCCAUUUUACCGCCGUCAUUACGCGUCAAAAUUAUCAGUCGCGUAUACUCCCACACCUAUAAGUGUUAGGUGCGUCAGUGCUGUUUGUUUUUCAUCGUGAUAAGAUCGCGAUAUGACGUCGAUACGAUCGCAAUCUCACCGAAUGUCGGAAACCUUGCCUGACCAACGUGCCCGUAUUUUCCCUCGUUCCCGUUAGAAAUGACUUUUCUCCAACACCAAUUCCUCCAACACCAAUUAUCCUCUUCGUUUUAUCAGUUCUGCCGCUGCUCGACUUGACGAUGCUCUUCGGGCCCGUCUAUCUCGCGUUUCAUAUCUUUAUAUCCUUUUUCCUCCAUGAUACCCGUCAACACGUGUUCGCAUGGAUACUUUAUAAACUGGCUCGCUUCGUUCGCAAGAAUUCAAAUCGGGCAAAAACAAUCCUCCGCAAUCGCGCGAAAAGUAGAAAGCUUUCGGCGCGCAUCGCGAACAGAAAGCAACGAAAUCCCAGUGAAAGUCAGUCUUUUCGUAACGUUAAUCCAUUUACGAGAGAGACCACCGUAUUACGUUCGAGGAAUUGUGCGAUUUCUAUCUCAAGUUACCGAGGCUUUACGUUUCAACGCAAAUCUGUCGCGAAGACGCCACGCGAUCGAUCGAUCGUAGUCGUCGUAGUGCGUCGAGGAGACGCUCUCCUCGAUUUCCGGCGCAUAUAAUUCGCGUAAAAAGACUGGUACAGGUUUAUUUUAUCCUCUCAUGUUGCAAACAGUACAAAAAUGUCAUACAAGAUUUCGCUUAACGCGUACGUUCCGCGUCGGGCACUCGUCCGUCGAGAUAAAUUAUGGCACUGGGCGGAGACUGAUUAGCAUUUUGUUGUGUCUUCUUAGCUUCUCUCUUCCUCCUUCAAAAUCUAAAAUCGACUUAUAUAUCGACUGCCCGCCGUGAAAAUAGGAUUUACAUAACGAAGAGAUUUGGAUAUGUUGCCAUUUUACUCAAAGGUGUAUCGUUACAAUAUUCAUCUUGUAGAAGCAAUAUACAUUUCCAUAUCAAUGCGCUCUCUCCUCUUCUAUCGCGCCUCUCAGAACUGUCGUCCGAAAAUAUCCCUUUUUUCUUACCUAUAUAUAUAUAUCCCUACUUAGUACCCGUAAUAAAAAACAAAGGUCUCACUUUAUUUUCUAUACCAAGCAGGGAUAUAUAUCCCUAUGAAUUUCUCGUUACCUUAAUGAUAUCUUAAUAAUGCACCAGUUUUGUAUCAAUCUUACUCACGGUUACCUGGAUGGUGCUUUAACACACUGGGAAAAUGCGAUAAAUUAACCGUGCUGGAUAUUUUCCGAAGUAUCCAUAAUAAAAUACAAAGGUCUAACUUUAUUUUCUAUACUAAGUAGGGAUAUAUAUAUCCCUACUUAAUAUAGGCGUUCUAAGCAUAAGCGAUUUCUAUACACCCAUA